CUAAAGAAGAAGAGGGGUGCCAGAAACAUGGCUUCACACACAAGCAGGUCGAUUAUGUCCUUAAGUCGACUCGGUAUCUCUACUUUUGGACCUCAUGGUUCCGUGAGCAGGCUUGCGUACUCGACAGCUUUUUCGACGAAUCAGCGCGGAAGAAAAGAGAGGAAUGGCAGAGAAGCUUUCGCCAAGCGUCCCAAGAGAGAGCCUGGAGAGCCACGGACGGAGAGGAUGCCAGUGGAUCAGGACUGGACUGCAGUAUAUCCAGCGGCAGCUUCGUUCAAACCAAACUCCGUCCCCCUCCCUGUCAGGAUGGGCUACCCUGUGAAAGGAGGCGUUCCUCCGGAGAAGAGGGGGAACCUGGAACUUAUCAAGAUCCCAAACUUCCUGCACCUGACACCCACCGCCAUCAAGAAGCACUGCGAAGCCCUCAAGCCCUUCUGCACGGAGUGGCCGAGCGCCCUGGACACCGACGACUCCUGUGACCAGCACUUCCCAGUCAAAGUCCAGACCACCGACUACGUGUCUGCAGGGCUGUCCGUGCGGAACCCGUCUGCUCGUGUCGUUCAACUCAGAGUGAAGCUGUCCAGCCUGAACCUGGACGACCACGCCCGCAAGAAAAUGCUGAAGCUGGUCGGGGAGAGAUACUGCCGCGACUCGGACCUCCUCACCAUCACCACCGACAGCUGCCCUCUCAGACAGCAGAACCAGGACUACGCCAUGUACCUGCUCACCGUCCUCUACCACGAGUCCUGGAAAACCGAAGCCUGGGAGGCGGAGAAGACGGUCGCCGACAUGGAGGAGUUCCACUGGGAGGGCAGCCUGUCCCAGAAGAAGAUCCUGGACACGCUGGUGCGCAUGACCUCGGCGGGGGAGGGGCAGGAAGUGCGGGAGCAGCUGCUGGGCCGCAGCGAAGUGCAGGAGUACAGGGACUCGGUCAGCCGGCUGAAGAACGAAGGAGAGAACGAAGACACGGUGCUGCGGUACAAGGAGGCCGUCAAGAAAGUCCUGAGCUUGUGACCGACCCGUGUCUGGGUCCGAAAAAUGAUUCUGGAGCGUUGGUGUCAAAUAUUUAUUUGCCGUCAUCAGUCGUCUUUGAUAGAAAAAUAAAAGCGGAAGCGGAGCUGCUGGGGUUUGCACCUGUUCACGCCUUGCUCGCGGGAGUUUUGCCUCGGUUCCUCACGGGUUCUCGCGCACCAGAACAUACUUGAUCAGACGCAUGGAUCCUGGCUCGCCUCGGCGGGAGGUCCGAUAGCGGCCGGCCCUCCUCCUCUGCCCCCUCCACCUGACCACUAGCAGGAAGGAGCAGCAGCAGCUCAGGGUGACUCCCAUGGUGAGGAUGACAGUGACCAGCAGGGUGCGUGUGGUGGCAUCCCACCCCGAGGUCAUCCCCGGGCCGUGGCUGCCGGCCUCCGGGCGGACUCCACUCAGACCUCCCACGGUGUGGUUGGUCAGCAGGUGGGCAGAGGUGGACGCAGGAGCAGUGGUGGGAGACGGCGUCGCAGGAGAGGUUUGGGUCGCUGAGGAGGACUGGACUUCUGAAGCAACAGUGGAGGACGGAGGGAUCC